AUGAACACAAGUACGAGGCCGAAUGCGGCCGCCCCUCCACAGCCCAUAGGCAUCCCGCCGCUGCCGCCACUCCAGCAGACGUUGUUCCAGCCCUACACGCCCGUUACGGCCUCGUCCAUGAUGGGGCGGGAUUCGCUGCCGUCCAACGCCUCGGUGUCGAGCACCCCGGGCCCGCCCAACGAGCAGAUGCCACUCGGCGCCGGCACCCAGGCCCAGAAGCGAGCCUACCGCCAGAGGCGAAAGGACCCCAGCUGCGACGCCUGCCGCGAGCGCAAGGUCAAGUGUGAUGCUACCGAGACCACCAGCUGCUCCGAGUGCUCGAGCCGCAACGUCAAGUGCCAGUUCACAAAGGAGACCAACCGGCGCAUGUCGUCCAUCAAGCAGGUCCAGGACCUGGAGAGGCAGCUGGACAAGAUACGCCAGGAGAACAAUAGCUUGCGCCGCAUGCUGCAGGACCGCGAUGGCGGCUCCAUGGACCUUGACGUGGACGGGCCGGACCAGCUGGCGCUGCAGCCGCAGCUCCCCGAGAUCGGCUCGCAGCCGCGGCGUAAAAAGAGGCCCGAGCCAACACACGAGUUCUCGAGGGUGAGGGCGAGCAUGCGCAACUCCUCCAAGGGCGUGUGGAAGCCCCCAGCGCCCUACCGCGCCCCUCGGCCAGCCGCGCAGCCUUUCGAUUCACCGAGACCCGAGCUGCCGACCAGGGCCACAACAGAGCAACUGCUGAAGAGCUACUACUCGUCUGUUCACACCACGUUCCCGAUACUGCAUUGGACCACCUUCCAGCAGGGAAUAGACGGCCUCUACAGGCCAGGGGGCCUCCAGGCCGCGCCUGCCAGCUUCGUCACCUGCUUCUUCGCCGUUCUUGCUGUCGGCAGCCUCUACUCUCCCGAGGCGGCGGUGCACCGCUCAGUCCUGGGCUCGGAGCUAGCGGACGCGGCGAGCAGGGCGAUCGACGCCUGGAGUAACGACUAUAACCUCGACCACGCGAGGGCGCAGCUGCUGAUGACCUUGUUUCUCUACGAGGUAAACAUGAAGUCGGCCGCGUGGACGUGGCUUGGCACGGCGGUGAGGAUUGCGCAGGAUCUCGGGUUGCAUUCGGAGGUGGGCUCCUGGGCGAUAGUCGAGGGCGAGAUGCGGCGGAGGAUAUGGUGGACCGUUUACAUCCUGGACAAGAGCAUAUCACUCGAGCUGGGGAAACCUUCGAUGAUCGACGACGCCGACUGCGACGUUUCCCUGCCCGCCGCAGUGGACGACCACUUCAUCGACGACCGGGGCAUGAGCGUCCCGCCGGGGUCGGAGCCUGUCACGCACUGCCUGCUCCCUGUGAUACACGUUGCGCGGUCAUACGCAGCCCUCAACCGAGUCCUGGCGAGCCCGACGAUCGCGCCGACGCAGCUCGCCACGUUCGACCAGCACUUUGCGUCGUGCUGGAGGACGUUCCCGGCCCCCUGCGACACGUCGAGCCACGCCCCGCUCUCGCCGCACAUGCUCAACCCGCUAACGUACCUCCUGCACGCCCGCCUGCUCCUCCACCGACACAACCUCGCGCCGACAUGUCCUCCCGAGACGCGCCGGGCGGCGCUCGAACAGUGUAUGCACACGGCGGUCGACACGGCGGAGCUCCUGACGCGAACGACGUCCUCGCUGCCCGACAGCGCCACGUCCCUGCUAACCACCCACAUCUUCCGCUGCGCCCUCUUCCUCCUCCUGACGGGCUACCUCGACCAGGCCUCCAUGUGCGUGCGCGCCCUGGCGGCCAUAGGGCCCCGCCGCGACGUCGCGAACCCCUGCGGCCGCGCGCCGAGUACGCGGGCCUGCUGGCGGCGAGCACGGGCGGCUCGCCCAGCCUCCACCACCACCACAACCCCCCAUCCCCACCACUCGCCCUACGGCGGCCACCAGCCCCCGCGCCCGGGCGGCGGCCUCGAGGCGUUGCGGGAGGCCCUCCUGCGGGACGAGGAGCUCAUCGCGUACGUGAGCGCCGACCUCCAGGCCGAGGCCGACGCGGCGUGGAUCUGGGUCGGUGGCAAGAGGGACCAACAGGUCUCGUCGCCACUCGCGACGAGCCCGAGUUUCAGCAAGAGGCCGGGCGCCGGCCCGGGGGGACCCAGGAGCGCCAUCUUCAGCCCCGAGUGCCGCAGCGGCCUCUCUGAGGAUGAGGGUAGGGACUGGGGCGGCUGGGACCGCGUCGAGGGGUCCAUCAGGGGCCUGGCCUCGGAGACGGCAGCGUCGACGCCCACCGCCGCCGCCGCCGGCGGGCUGCCGCCCCUCCAGUCGUGGCCCGGAGCGCAGCAGCCCCCGGGCGGCGGCGGCGGCGGCGGCGGUGGCGCGUCGCAGAGGUUGCCGCCCGUCAAGCUCGAGCACCCGCAGUACCCCCAGGCGAGCGGGCCCAGUCCCGGACCUGGAAGCGCGAGCAGGGUGGAGGGGACCGGGAGCCCGACGGCCGCGGCGGGCAAGAGCAGGAGCCAGGAGCGCAUAAGCAUUGCGAAUAUUAUAUAACACGAGGGGACGACAUUAUCAACCUUCCCCACCCUGCCUGCCAACCGAAGAUACGGUUGCGGCAUGGCGGUUUGGCCGAUCGAAAGCGAUAUGGAACCCUUCGGCAUCGAUCCGAUCCGGGAACCUUAUGGGCCUCUAGCCCAUGCGAUAUUAUACUUGGUGACAGGGCCUUGGGGCAUGUAUCCGUCCGAUGGACGGCCCUGUCGGUUCGAACACUCUACUCGGACUUCUCGACACUAUGGCGAGAGAAGACGGGGAAAGAACAAGAAAGGACGGGAGAUUCUCAAAAAAAAAAAGCCUUAGGGAUGGAAACGAUCCCACGUUUUAUGACGGCACGCUACUUGUAUAGGGUGGUGACCAGUCCGGCGCACGGGGGGAAUGGAUGUCUGUUUAAUUUGCUGUGGCGACCACCACCUCGCCAAAGCAGGUCUUUAAAGAUGGGGAAGACGUGAAUGGGUGAUUAUUUGUACAAUAUAGUUUUUGUGUGUUAUUUCUCUCAUGUUUUUUCCGGUUCGGCCUUUUCCUUUACAAAUCGACGCUUCAUCACAAACUACAAACGCACUACCG